CUUUAAUUGCUACCUACCCUCAUAUAUGUACGAAGUACCUACCUACCACCUAACCUAAGGUAAGCUUAUUUCGUGACUAUCGCCAACUUCGCCAACUAAACUUCGACUACUUCUUGUUCCGAUUACUUUUUCCUCAUUUUCCCAUUUUCCUCUUUUCUUCUAUUUUGUUAUCAUUUUUUCUCUCUCUCUCCCCCCACCUCCUUUUUUAGGAAGUUAGCAGACAGCGGACUCGUAAACUAUUCCUAGCUUACCCGCUUCGCCCUUGCAUCUCCUUUACUUACAUGCAUCACUAAUAGCUACCUCUUUAGACUCUAAAGUUUAGAGUCAACUAGUAGCUGUCCUUUAGCUACAUUAUCGUUACCCACCUCCUGCCAGACGAAUUAUACACUAAUAUCAGAUCUGCUUAUUUCUGUCUCGCCGAACUCUACGUUCAUUUACCUCUGCCCGGCCUCCCCUUGUUACCACCUCUGCCGCCCUCUGUAACUUUGACUCUCUGCGAUUCCCCUCUAUCUCGACCCCCCCUUAUGCUCUGUUACACACCCAUCGGCUAUUUAUACUUCCCCCGCGUCUGAGUCGUCCCUCGAACGAGCUGCCAUAGCGGCAUCCCACCCUCAAUAUGGCUACCGAACGGGAAGCCAACGAGCUCAAGCAACAAGGGGCUCUUGAAGCUUCACGCGAUCCUGAAUCCGGUGUCACAUCCGAUGCCGCUCAGAAAAAGCUAGUCGAGGAGAGCAGAAAUGCUGGCGUAGCUGCUUUCACGUUUGAUCCAGAUGCGAGUCCCGAGGAGAAGAGGGCACAAGCUAGGGCUGCUAUACCAAACGAUCCCCGCCGCACGCGAAAGCCUAAGGGUGUAGCUAUCGCUACCGAUGUCGACGACGGUACAAAAGCUAAUUACGAUCUUCCGAGCCCUUCGAAGGAUGGAGCCGUGCAAGUUCUCAAGGACAAGGACGGCAAACCGAUCCUGGACGGAAAUACCGCCGAAGAGGAGGAAGACCUGGCUGCCAAAGUUGGUUGGACUCAAAGGUUCGGUUGGCCCGUCGAAAGCGUUAUGGAAGGUGAAAGUCUAUUGGAUCACUCUACUUGGUUGGAAGAAAGACUUCCCGAUGAGUAUUUUGGAGAAUGGUAUCAUAAUGCCGGAGUAAUCAUCUUCGCCUGUCUUGCUUCGUGGCUGGUUGCCGUGCUUGGGGGUGGAUUAGCCUGGGUUAUUAUCGUCAUGUCGUGUUGCGGAACGUACUAUCGAACGUCCAUUAGAAGAGUACGAAGGAAUUUUCGCGACGACGUUAUCAGGGAAAUGGCGCUGAAGAAGUUAGAAACCGACCACGAAUCUGUCGAGUGGAUUAACUCGUUUCUGGCAAAAUUCUGGCCCAUCUAUCAACCUGUUCUGGCUCAGACGGUCAUUAGCUCCGUCGAUCAGGUGCUAAGCUCCGCGACUCCAUCGUUUCUUGAUAGUCUACGCCUAAAAACGUUUACAUUGGGAUCCAAGCCACCCAGGAUGGAGCAUGUGAAGACUUAUCCCAAGGCAGAGGACGAUGUCAUCCUUAUGGACUGGAAAUUCAGCUUCACGCCGAACGACGACGAGGAUAUGACUGCUCGGCAGAUUCGCAACAAAAUUAACCCCAAGGUAGUCCUUGAGAUUCGCAUCGGCAAGGCUAUGAUCAGCAAAGGUCUCGACGUCAUCGUAGAGAAUAUGUCUUUCUCUGGUAUUAUGCGUCUUAAGAUCAAGCUCCAGUUUCCUUUCCCUCACAUCGAGAAGAUUGAGAUGUGUUUCCUUGAACGUCCAGAGAUCGGUUACGCUUGCAAGCCCCUCGGUGGUGAAACCUUUGGCUUCGAUAUCAACUUCAUUCCGUUCCUGGAAACUUUCAUCCAAGAACAGAUUCACGGAAACCUGGCCCCGAUGAUGUACGCCCCGAACGUCUUCCCUAUUGAGGUCGCUAAAAUGCUGGCGGGUUCCCCCGUCGACCAGGCUAUUGGUGUGGUUGCGGUCACGCUCCACGGGGCCCAAGGCCUCAAGAACCCAGAUAACUUUGCUGGAAAUCCUGACCCUUACGCCGUGUUCACCUUGAACAAGAGGGCGCCCCUCGCCCAGACCAAGGUUAUCAAGGACACUCCGAACCCCAGGUGGAACGAAACGCAUUAUGUUAUCGUUACAUCCUUUAACGAUUCGCUCGAUCUCAUCAUCUACGACUAUAACGAUUUCCGCAAAGACAAGGAGCUCGGCGUCGCUUCUUUCCCGCUCGAACGGGUGGAGGAAAUUGGUGUGUACGAAAACGAGCGUCUAGAAGUCAACGCUCACGGAAAGGCUAGAGGUGUGGUCAUGGCCGAUUUCCGCUUCUUCCCCGUUCUCGAGCCUAUGGAGCACGACGGCGUGGAGGAGCCCCCACCGGAGACUAACACGGGUAUUCUACGAUACACUAUCGAACAGGCCAAGGAUCUUGACGGCACCAAGAGCUUAGUGGGCUUGCUCAAUCCAUAUGCUGUUCUACUUCUCAACGGUAAAGAAGUUCAUCAGACCAGAACGCUCAAGCGUACCAACAAUCCUAUCUGGGACAAUGGAUCCAAAGAAAUUCUUAUCACCGACCGGAAGAAUGCUAAAUUGGGUCUUGCAAUCAAGGAUGAUCGUGACAUUGCAGGCGAUCAGUUAAUCGGCACGUACCAAAUCAAGCUCGACGAUAUGUUGGAGAUGAUGGAGAAGGGACACGACUGGUACAAUUUAUCGGGAGUCAAGAGCGGACGAGCGAAGCUGACCGCGCAGUGGAAGCCUGUGGCUCUAUCCGGCGUUCUGGCAGGUACUGGAGGUUACCAAACACCCAUCGGUGUAAUGCGUCUCCAUUUCAUGAGCGCCCGCGACCUACGGAAUUUCGAAACUAUGGGUAAAUCGGAUCCCUAUGUCCGCGUGCUGCUCUCCGGUAUCGAGAAAGGUCGAACGGUCACCCACCGCAAUACGCUGAAGCCCGAGUGGGAUGAAGUCAUCUACGUGCCAAUGCAUUCGGCCAGGGAUCGUCUUACUCUCGAAGUCAUGGACGCCGAGAAGAUGGGCAAGGACCGCAGCUUAGGUUUAGUCGAAGUCUUUGCGGGCGACUAUAUUUCGGAGGAUAAUAACGGCGAGUAUCUUGUUCACGAUGCGAAGAAGGUGCAGGAAACCGGACUCCGCCUCCACGGAAAGGGCAUCGCAAAGGGAAUACUCACAUAUACCGUUUCUUUCUACCCGUGCAUAAAUGUCGCAGACCCCGAGGAAGAAGAGGAGAAAGAAAAGCAAAAAGGAAGUGAAGCAGCAAAUUCGGAAGUGCCAAAGCCAUCCCUCGAUGUCCCCCGAUCCUCGGAAGCUGGAAAGAUUUCCGCCCUCGAGAGGAAAGAAAGCGUCCCAACUACGCCAACCACGCCCAGUGUACCCAAAUCGCCGGUUUCUCCUAGAUCAACAACGUCGGAGCGCAAGUCACGCGAAGCGCGGGAGCGUCCCAAGGUUCACCUCACCCCGCAGGAACUGCUCAAAUACGAAUCCGGGUUCCUUAUCUUCAAGCUGCUCGAGGGAGAAAUGCCAAAGAGUGGAACGCAUCUCGAAAUUUACGUCGACGACAUGCUAUACCCCAGCUACAUCUCGGGUACGGCUAAGAAUAAAGUUUUCAAAUUCGACGAGAUUGGCGAUUGCUUUAUUCGCGAACUGGAGUUCUCACGACUGACCCUCAAGGUGAGAGAAAAGCGCGAGAAGCCUGGUGAAGAACGUGAUGAGGAUCACACAGUAGCGCGCUUGACGGGAAAUACUCUGGAUACACUUAAGCAAUGCCUAAAUAAUCCUACAGUGUUGAAGCUUAAGGACGAAGAAAAUAGAGCGGCCACGAUCAAGGUCAGCCUGAAAUACAUCCCCGUCAAGAUGCGCCUAGACCCCAGCGAAAGUAUCAACAAUAUGGGUAAUCUCCGCGUCGACGUAUUAGAUGCGUCAGAUCUACCCGCAGCCGACUCGAACGGGAAGAGUGAUCCUUACUGCAAAUUUGAGCUUAACGGACAGGAUGUGUUUAAGACCAAGACGCAGAAGAAGACUCUCAACCCCGUGUGGAACGAGUUUUUCGAGGUUGCCAUACCUUCGAGAACCGCCGCUAAGUUCAAUGUCAAAGUCUACGAUUACGAUUUCGCAGACAAGCCCGAUUUCUUGGGCGGGGCCGACAUCAAUCUUGAGCAGCUGGAUCCGUUUAGGGCACAGGAGCUCAAGCUGUUACUAGACGGGAAAUCCGGUUCCAUCAGACUGCGACUGCUUUUCAGGCCCGACUACGUCACACGCGCUCGGCUGGGUACUAGCACGUUUGCGGGCACGUUCGGCGGUGGACCCGGCAGGAUCGUGACCGGUGUUGUUGGUGCUCCGGUUAAAGGUGGCGUCGCUGUAGCCGGCGUUGUUGGCCACGGCGUUGGUAAAGGCGCCAGUUUUAUCAAGCGCGGCUUCCGGGGAAAGAAGGACGACGAAGGUAACGGCUUGACAUUGACAUCAAGCAACAACUCCGAGAUCCCCACAAUCGUGACAAAUGAGCCUGAACCGCCUACAGCCGCUAUGGGCCUUCAACGGUCCACGGGCCUAAGUGCUACCAACGGCGACGCUGCUCGUCCCAUAACGCCCAAUGAGAACUCGAAGACGCAUGGGCGCAAUUCUAGCAUGGGCGGUGUCUCCAUCUAUAGUCUAGCUCCAGGCGCUGCUGGCGCCGGAAUAGCUACUUUUACUGUAGUCUCCGCGUCGGGGUACCCAGAGUCGGCAGACAUUUACGUCCAGAUCAAGCAACUAGCGCCGAAGGAGAGGACCAUCGGUAAGACGAAACAUCACGAGUCUCACGGGACGGUUCGUUUCGACGAAACAUUCAAGCACGCAUGUACCGCUGAUACUCAGUUCCGUAUCGAGGUCAAAAACCACCACACCUUUGGAAGCGAUGAUGAUUUAGGCGAAGGGUUAUAUUUUGUGGAUGAGACCGGCAGCGGCGAAAAAGAAAUCAGAGUUGGUACCGGAACGGUUGUCUUGAAGAGCUCAUUUGUGGAACCGAGCAUAGAAAAUGGCAGCCCGGGCUCCAGAAGCGGGAAUAGUGGUUUACGAAGGAGUUUCUUGAGCAAGAGAGAGGUCAGACCAAAAAGUCGAGACGGACAGCCUAUCUAAAUACCAAAUAUGUGUUCAUUAGUCAGGCGUUCGGGAGACUAAAGGUAUAUCGCGCGAAUUGGGUAAGGGGCAAUUCCAGCAGCGGAGUUUUUGUAACCAAAAAAAAUAGAGAUUAGUUGUUAAUGAAGAUGUUAUCUUGAA